AUGGAUGAAAAUGAUAGAAGAAAAAUCGGAGGGAAGAAAAAUGCCAUCCUGUUGUCGUCAAGGCAGCAGAGCCACUCGCGGGAGCAACCGGAAAAGAAAAAGGCCCUUAGAAGAAGCGUCAACCAUUUCAUCAGAGUCACCAAAUUUGUGAUCAUCAAAACAAUAUGGUGGAACGUAUUCAAGUAUAUUGUGGUUCCUAUCGCCACUUUUUUAGCUAUAUAUUAUUAUGAUAUACAGCUUACGACAAGAACUCUCUAUCUCUCAGUUUUUCAUUACACAUUGACGGUUUUGGCGGUCACCACCGGGUAUCAUAGAUAUUGGUCACACAGAUCAUAUUCGAUUGAUCCUAGUUACAAUAUUCUUCCAGUAUUUUUCACGAUAUUUGGAUCAUCGGCUGGAAUAGAGUCCGCAAGGAAAUUCAAGUCGCUUCAUAGAUUGCACCACAUGUAUUGUAAUACAGAUAAAGAUCCAUAUAAUUAUCGGAAAAAUUUUUUCUGGGCCCAUCUUGGCUGGAGAAUUGUCAAAAAUCGGAAAAUUAUCAGACUAUUGGAUGAGGAGAAUGAACUACUUCAAACUGAAAAUGAUUUUAAAGAUCAUGAAGGUAAUUUUGACUUAGAAAUGGUGAAGGCCGAAAAAUUUCUUAAGUGGCAGGAGGAUAACAAUUUUACCCUUUAUGUGUUGUUUGGGUUGGUUGCACCUUCUCUUAUGGCUAAUUAUUUCUGGGAUGAUCUUGUAGGAGGAUUUGUCUACAGUGGUUUGAUUAGAUCAUUUAUUGCACAGCAAUCCAUAUUUUCGGUAAACUCUCUUGGUCACUUUCUCGGGUCGCAACCUUUUGAAGAUAAGAAAACCCCUAGAGACUCAUUUAUCGUAUCAUUCCUAACAUUUGGUGAAGGCUAUAACAAUUUUCAUCAUAAAUUUCCCAAAGACUACAGAAAUGGUCACUACUAUUAUCGUUAUGAUCCAACAAAAUGGUUUUUGAACUUUUGCUAUCGUUGUCGAGCUAUCUUUGGGGUGAAAUCUUUACACCGCACCAGCUAUAAUAUCAUACAGAGAUGUGCUUUACUUCAUCAACAGAAACUAAUUGACAGGCAUCGUGCAAAGUUGAACUGGGGUGUUCCAAUGAACAAAUUACCUCUAAUCACUGUCGAUGAAUUUAGAAAGCUAGUUAAAAGUUCUGACAGAGCUCUAGUAAUUAUUAGUGGAGUUGUUCAUGAUGUCACACCAUUUGUUCAUAACCACCCUGGCGGUGUUGCUUUAAUUAAGGCUUCUAUUGGAAAAGACGCUACUUCUGCCUUCAAUGGGGCUGUUUAUAUGCAUUCUAAUGCUGCAAAUAACUUGUUAGCUACUAUGAGAAUUGCGUUGAUAAGAGAUGAAAAUACUAAUAGUGUGAUUAGACAAAAUAGGACCGUCAGAAAUAAUAUGAUCAUGUCAGCGACUCCUUUGGAAACUGCUGAUGCUGCCUGA